AUGAAUGAAACCAUUGAAGAGCGAAAUUUACGACUUGAUCUCAAUCGUUUGAGAAUUGAUUCAUUAAGGGCUUCAGAAACAUCUAAUGAACGAAAUACACGAGUGGAAAAGCAACGUUUAAGAUCAGCUGCAGCAAGAACAGCAUUGCGUAGUCGUCCAUUAGAUUUUUAUCGUGCGGCGUUUCGUUAUGAUAAUGAAAUCAAUUAUAGUUUACUUUCAUGUGUUAUAAUCGGCUCAAUGAACAAAAUAUGUAAAGCGUUGAAAUUCAAAAAUGAGAAACCGGGAAUGUGCUGUGCGAAUGGAAAAGUUAAAUUACCAGAUUUAAUUUCUCCACCCGAACCGUUAUUAUCUUUGGUGUCAGGUGUGACAAGUGAAUCCAAACAUUUUUUGAUAAAUGUACGCAUGUACAAUGCAUGUUUUCAAAUGACAUCGUAUGGUGCAACUAAAAUUAUGAACGAUCAUUACAUGCCAACGUUUAAAAUUCAAGGCCAAAUUUAUCAUCGUGCUGGUUCUUUACUUCCUUCAUCAGAUGGAGAACACAAGUUUCUUCAAAUAUAUUUUAUGGGCAAUGAAAUUGAACAGGUUAAUCAACGAUGUUCAAUCAGUACGGGAACAAGACGAGAGAUUGUUGGAUCAUUGCAAAUUUUAUUUAAUGAACACAAUUUAUUGAUUCGUUUGUUUAAAACGGCUCUGAAACGAAUGCCAAGAGAUGAUUAUAGAAUAAUAAUUAGAGCUGAUAAAACACCUGUUGGUCAACACAAAGGACGAUACAAUGCCCCAACAAUGAAUGAGGUUGCAAUUGUUGUUGUUGGAGAUCAAUGCGCAUGUCGUGAUAUCGUGAUUCAUCGUAGGAAUGAUAAACUUGAACGCAUUUCUGAAACGCAUCGAUCGUAUGAUGCGUUACAGUAUCCUAUUAUUUUCUGGCAAGGAGAGGAUGGAUACCAUUUCAAUAUCAAAUUGAAAAAUCCAAUAACAAAAGAGUACAUUCAUUUACGCGAUGCUAUUAUUACUGAUCGAGAUGUGAAUCAAAUCGGAAAAGCAGUUAUACUACCAUCAACUUUUACUGGCAGUCCUCGACAUAUGCAUGAAUAUGCACAGGAUGCCAUGACAUAUGUUCGUUCAUAUGGAUGUCCGGAUUUGUUCAUAACGUUUACGUGCAAUCCGUCAUGGGAUGAAAUUAAAGAUCUUUUACAUGAUGGCCAAUCACCAGCAGAUCGACAUGACAUCAUUGCACGCGUAUUCAAACAAAAAUUAAAAUCCCUAAUGGAUUUUAUCAUCAAACAUAAAAUCUUCGGGCGUGUUCGAUGUUGGAUGUAUUCCAUUGAGUGGCAAAAACGCGGUUUACCUCAUGCCCACAUUUUAAUUUGGCUGAUCGAUCAAAUUGAUGACGUGAUCUCAGCCCAAAUCCCAGAUUCAGAUGUCGAUCCUGAAUUAUUUGAAAUCAUAAUGAAAAAUAUGAUUCAUGGUCCGUGCGGACGUUUUAAUAAAGAUUCACCGUGUAUGUCUGAUGGAAAAUGCACAAAACGAUAUCCAAAAGAUUUAACUGCCGAAACGAUGACUGGCUCUGAUGGUUAUCCAAAAUAUCGUCGUCGAUCAACUGAAGACAAUGGUAAAUCUUUUAUGCUCAAAGUUAAAGGUAAUGAUAUCGAAGUUGACAAUCGUUGGAUAGUUCCAUAUCCACCAAUUCUAUCAAGAGCGUACAAAGCACACAUAAAUGUCGAGUACUGCAAUUCUGUUAAAUCAAUUAAGUAUAUUUGCAAAUAUAUAAACAAAGGAAGUGAUAUGGCAGUUAUUGAGAUAGAAAAGAACUCUGCACCAAUCGAUGAGAUCCAUCAAUAUCAGGCAGGACGGUUAAUUAGUAGUAACGAGGCAAUAUGGCGUAUUUUGGGAUUUGAAAUUCAUGAGAGACACCCGACUGUUCUUCAUUUAGCAGUUCACCUCGAAAAUGGACAGCGAGUAUAUUUUACCCCUGAUAAUGCACAACAACGAGCUGUUGAUCCACCGAAAACAACAUUAACGGAAUUUUUCGCACUGUGCCAAAGAGAUUCAUUCGCAAAAACAUUGUUGUAUUCAGAAGUACCAAAAUACUACACUUGGGACAAAACAGCAAAGAAAUUUGAACGACGCAAACAAGGAAUCAGAAUUGAAGGUCACACAAAUUUAUUUGCAUCAGAUGCCUUGGGUCGACUAUACACUGUCCAUCCUAAUAAUUUCGAAUGUUAUUAUUUACGUAUGUUAUUAAUCAAUGUUCGUGGGCCAACAUCGUUUCAAUCUCUGAAAACAGUUGAUGAACAAAUGUGUGCAACAUAUAGACAAGCUUGCGAGAAUCUACAUCUACUUGAAAAUGAUGCGCAAUGGGAUCUUUCACUUGAAGACGCGUCGAAUACUGGUCAUCCACAUCAAAUACGAGGUUUGUUUGCAGUAAUUUUAACCACAUGUUUUCCUUCAAAUCCUCAAAAUUUGUGGGAAAAAUAUAAAGACUUCAUGAGUGACGAUAUUUUGUUUCGAUUGCGUACAUCAACUGGAAAUUUUGAAUUACAAUUUACAUUUCAAAUAUACAAUGAGGCGUUGAUUAUGAUAGAAGACAAAUGUGUGGCAAUAACGAAUAAAACUCUAAUACAGUUGGGAAUGGAAGCUACUGAUCGAACAACCGAAGGUAUUCACGAUAAUGAUUUACGACGCGAACAAUGUUACGACAUCAAUGAGUUGGAUGCGUAUAUACAAUCAAAUUUACCGAAAUUGAAAACAGAACAAAUGAACGUAUAUAGAACAAUUAUGCAAGCUGUCGAAAAUAAAACGGGUGGACUAUAUUUUCUGGAUGCUCCUGGUGGAACGGGAAAAACUUUUCUCAUUUCAUUAAUUUUGUCAACUAUACGAUCAAAGAAUGGUAUUGCUUUGGCACUGGCAUCUUCUGGAAUUGCAGCAACUCUAUUAGAUGGUGGAAGAACCGCACAUUCAGCGUUGAAGUUACCAUUGAAUUUGCAUAUUACUGAAGCACCUACGUGUAAUAUUUCGAAAAAUUCGGCAAUGGGUGAAAUAUUACGAAUAUGCGAUAUAAUUUCAUGGGAUGAAUGUACGAUGGCUCAUUUCAAAGCUCUAGAUGCACUUGAUCGAACACUGAAAGAUUUGAGAGGGAAAUUACUACCUUUUGGAGGUGCUCUCAUUUUGUUAUCUGGUGAUUUUCGUCAAACUUUACCGGUUAUACCGCGCUCAACACCUGCAGAUGAAAUUCAUGCAUGUUUGAAAUCAUCACAUUUAUGGAAAUGCGUGAAAAAACUACAAUUGAUUACAAAUAUGCGUGUUGAAUUACAAAACGACCCUUCAGCGACACGUUUUGCUAAACAACUGUUGGAUAUUGGAAAUGGAAAUAUACCCAUUGAUGCAUCUACAAAAUGUAUUCCGUUUCCACCUAAUUUUUGUAAUUUGAUUACAUCAAAAGAAGACCUUAUUCAAUGUGUAUUUCCAAACAUUAUCCAAAAUUAUAAGGAGCACAAAUGGUUGAGUGAACGUGCAAUAUUAGCUGCUAAAAACAUUGACGUAGACGAAUUUAAUUUAUCUAUUGAAUAUAAAUUGCCUGGUGAAUUUAUAACAUAUAAAUCAAUUGACAAUGUUAUGAAUCAAGAUGAUGCAGUGAAUUAUCCGACAGAAUUUUUGAAUUCACUUAAUUUACCAGGAAUACCACCACAUGAACUCAAAUUGAAAAUUGGUGUUCCUGUUAUUCUAAUCAGGAAUAUUAAUCCGCCACGUUUAUGUAACGGUACCAGACUUGCCGUUAAAAAAUUAAUGAAUAAUUUAAUUGAAGCAACGAUAAUAACAGGCAAAUAUAAGGGCGAAAAUGUACUUCUACCACGUAUUCCAUUAAUGCCAACAGACAUGCCAUUUGAAUUUAAGCGUAUACAAUUUCCAAUUAAGCUCGCGUUCGCAAUGACAAUCAAUAAAGCAUAA